AUGGCUAGCCAACAAGUUGAUGCACUUGCGUCGCGAUGGGAGAUAUCAGCCGAUGCUGUAUACUCAGUAUAUCCCGAACAGGGCCACGCCUCGCACAACUCGUUGCCACACAUUGUUUUCAAUGACCCUAGGCUUCCUUGGGAAUCCAUCGGUAGCCGUAAGGGUGAGCAAUAUUUACCUAAAGAUGCCGACCAGAAUCGUGUUCCAUGGCUUGCCUGUCUCGUUUUCAGCCCCGACGAGCUGACAAUUCCCAAGGCAGAGAUGGAGGCCAUUUUUGAGCCAACUAGCAUAAAAAGCAAGGCAAAACAGACAGAGUCACUCGCCAUCCGGUUGCCUGUUGGCGACCUCCCCGAGCUUGGCAAGGGAUCCACUUGGGUGCCUUCCUUGGAGAUUGAUUCAACCGAGCGUGGGCUAGAGACGGGGGUGAUCUUACCCACAGUGGCCCUAUUUAACGGCCUCUUCGGAUUCUACGAUGAGGAGGGGAAAGGGCCGCUGCCCUCGCCGAUGGGGGGGCCAGAUAUCUCACGAUAUCGCUUUCUAGCCCAUUUGAUGCGCAUGAAUACAACUGGAAUGGCUCACGCUGACCGCUCGGAUGAUCAGUUCAGUCGUGAUUUCAGCGUUCUCGUGGCGAACCGCGUGGGCCCGCUUGAGGGGAACCAGGCCAGUCCAAUGAUUGCCCAUAUCGUGGCGCUCGAGGGGCUAGAAUCGUUUAAACGAUUCCCCCUGGCGAUGUCUAAAGAUAUUAGUGCACUUCCAGCGCGUGUUGCUCUUGUGUCAUUGUACAGCUGGUCCUUCACCUACAUGCCUCCAAACUCGUUAAGUGUCAAGGCUACGUUCCAAAACCUCGCGGACAACAGCGCAAUGCUCAAGCCCAUAAUUUCCCAAGACAAAAAGGAUAAUUCAGAUCCUGCCGUGAAACCGAUGUUUCAACGCCUUGAAAAUGGCUAUACGAUCAUCCAAUAUCGAACACCCACUGGGGAGCAGACUGCUGCCCUGGCCCGCGGUCCCCUAACCCCUAAUCGCGUCCCGUACCUGGGUCAGAAUUGGUUUUCAAACAGCGGCAGCAAUCUGCAAAUUCUGGAUCCAGAGCUCGGUAUGAUGGACCUCACAUUCUCCACCGCGUGGUCGCUGGGUCGGAACCUAGCGCUGGCUGAUCAAGCGUUUACCAUGUCUUUGAUGCGCGUGCGCCGCCAGAUCAUGAAAUCGGCCACUGCUGAGGCUCGCCGUGAGAUGUUUCAUGCCACCAGAAAGUCCCACUAUUCUCGAAUUGAUCUUGCACAAGAAACAGAAAAACUCGUGGAUGGCGCGGUGACAGCGUCGCGCAACCUGGACAAUGAAUUUAACGAAUCAUCCUCGCCGGAUUGGAUGAUUGUUUUACGAUUCAUCCUGGAUCUAUACAACCUCGUUAAAAUACCUGCCCAUUACCUCCUGCUAGAUCAAAGCUUUUUACCGCAAGAGAUUCUGCGCUUCUUCUUCAUCGACCAUAACUGGAUCGAUGCUCUCGUCGAUGGAGCACUUAGCCUGGGCAAUCACGUAGGCACUGAUCAAAAUGAUGGUCCGGAUCCAGAUCCAAAGCCAGGCCAGGCCCACGAUCCUGCUCGCCGGUCAAUCAAGAAGGCUUUCAACCGUUUUUUAAAUGAACCCUCUUGUCUCGGGGAUUGUACGGCUAUCCCACGAUUUGGGUUUUUCAUGCGAUCGGAGGUGGUCUCCCAGUUUCCCGACCUCAAAGUAAAUGCGCAUCCAAAAUCGACGCAGAAAACUCCAUUCGCGCCAAUGCUGCUACGCCAUGAAAUAAUUGAUAAGGGUACGAUGCUUGGGUUUUUCAGUGAUGAGCUACUCAAGGACGGCGGCUUGCAGGAGCUGCGUUUCGAACUGCCGGGAUAUCAGCAGUACUUUGCCAUCGACGAACUUUCCACUUUUCAAAUAAAAAUUCAAUACAGGCGACCUUAUACAGGUGAUCACGAUAAAGACUCGAAUCAAAACGAAGCGGUUGCCGAGAUUUGCUGGCGCCGUAACGAGAGAGGGGCCCAAACGAGCGAGCCAGAUGUAAAAGUACGCCCGCCCAUCUUUGUUUGGGGUCUGACGCGGGAAAGCAACGAUCUACGCCUUCUACUCGUCGAACGGCUGGCAGAUGAUGUUUAUGAAACCAUCUACAAGGAGAUGGCCAAAACGCAUCCCAGGUCCUUUACUGAGACCAAGCCUACAUCUGCCAUGAUGGGCUUUCAACUCCUCAGUUCUUCAUGGCAAUUGAAUCUUGGCAAUAUGCCAGCACUGGCCGCUGCUGCCACACCGCUGAGUCUUGUGUCUGCAGCUCUUUCUUACCCCGGAUCUCCCGUGCCAGUUGCGUCGGGAACUAUCUAG